AACAAGGCCUAAGUAUCGGUUCUUCCUAGUUCCUUCCUCCUACAUAGUCCGUACUCGUUAGCUUUUCCAGGUGAGAGAGAGGGAAGAGGGAGGUGAAGGGAAGGCGAGAGACGAGAAGAGAGAAAGCAAGAGAGGAUCGGGAUGGCGGCGCUGCGAUCUGGGAUGGCGAUGUUGGGCCGACGUUGUUCUGGAUCGUCGUCCGCCGCAUGCAUGGGCGGAAAAGUUUUCCGUCCUGCGCCGCCACCGCUCCACCCUGCGGCCGUCCGUAAACUCGAGAGCUGGCGGCGUUUCUCAACUGGGGGUUGUGAACCAAAAGACAAACCUGAGAGCUUCCCACGUAUUCUGUGGCAAUGGGCAAAAUACCGUGUGAAAAAUGCGGAUCCAGUUACCAAGUCCAAGGCUGUCGCUGCAUAUGGAGUGGUGGUUAUGGGGGCACCGACGAUCUUUCUGAUCCAUGUGACUAAGAACUGCAGCAUUUGACUUUGUGUUUAAUUAGCCAGCAAACUUCUGAAUUUGAAGCUAUAUAAUGUUAAGGGGGUGUUUGGGACUGCUCUGCUCUACGGUUUUUAGCUCAGCUCCACGUUUUUUAGCCAAACGGUUUCAGCUCCACGCACUCAGUUCGAGGAAAAAUGGUGAAGUUGUGAGAAUACCUAAAGAGGUACUCCACAAACUCUAGUUUUUUAUGAAGCUGCUCCACGGUGGAGUUUGUGGAGCAGUCCCAAACACCCCUAAGUCAUCUUUGCACUUGGUAUUUAUUUCCUUAAGCACAAUGUUUAUGUUGGCCUCGGCGGUUGUAGCACCGAGAAAUGUACCUUGUUGAUAUUACUUUCAGAAGGUACUAUGCUGUGGUCUUAAACUGAAACCAGUGUGCUGAAACGUUGUGGUGGUUAAUUUCUAGAGGCUGUAACCAACAUGAAACAUUGUAGUGGUUAAUUUCUUUUUCACAUCAUAAUGUGAUGCAUUGAAUAGAUUCUCCUAUCA